CCCUGCCGAUGUUGAUGAUGACCCAAAUUAUACAUAUCUUAACUUCAUACUUGAUCGUGCAUUUCCAGAUCCAAAGACAGAAAAAAAUUCUAUUGCAUUUGGGAUGGCCGUUGCAUUCAACUAUCUUGACCCUACAAAAGGGAUUAUCAUGGUUCCGAGUGAGGUUGUUGAAAAAAUGAAUUAUUUUCUUGAAAAGAUGAAUGUUCCAGAUCGUGAGAGUUGUGAAUGA